CUGUCAUUUUGAAUGACUGUUGUUUGUUAUUGUAUUAAUCUAACCUCUAUUUACAAUUACAAUGAAAGUAUAAACUUAAAAACUAAUAACUUACCACAAAUUAAUUCAUUAGGCUCACGGAACUGAGAAAUGAAUUUCUGAUGUGGCAUACAUAUUUUUUUAUCUUAAUAUACCCAUUAUUUGUUCAGUAAACUUACUUCAAUUACUAAUUCCUUCUUCCUUCAUUAUCAUUUCUGUAUUUACAAACCUUUGACCUUUGAUCUUAUUUUAGUAAAACUCAUGAACAAUAAAUUAGCUACUCUCAAUCAAUAUCAAACUAUAAAGUAACUAAAACUCGUCUUGAUUCCAUCGUUAUAGGCCUUAUGAGUUAUGACAAUGUUGAGUGGAAAAUUAGCUCUUGUCACCGGUGGGGGAAGUGGAAUCGGACGGGCAGCUUGUCAGCUAAUGGCCAAAGAAGGAGCCAGAGUUGUGGUUUCUGACUUUGAUCUCAAAUCUGCAGAAAGUACUGUUUCUCUUCUUACUGGUGAUGGUCAUUUGCCGCUGCAGCUAGACGUGAGUGACACUAUUAAGGUCAGAGAGGUCGUGACCAAGGUCAUAUCUCACUUCUCACAACCUCCCACAGUACUGGUCAACUCAGCUGGUAUCACUCGGGAUGCAUUCCUUCUCAAAAUGACCGACGAUCAGUUCCAGCAGGUGUUUGAUGUUAACGUAAAAGGAACAUACGCAGUUACCAAGGCAGUGUGUGAGGCAUUGGCAACCAACAAACAAACAGGCUCAGUAGUCAACAUAGCCAGUGUGGUGGGCCAGACUGGCAACAUGGGCCAGAGUAACUACGCUGCUAGCAAAGCUGCCGUUGAGGCCUUCACUAAGAGUGUUGCCAAGGAAAUGGGAUUUUGUGGGGUCCGCUGCAAUGCUGUAGUACCAGGUUUCAUACAAACUCCAAUGACAGACAGUACUGUACCUGAUAAAGUCAAACAGAUGUUUACGUCGCAGAUACCUCUAGCUCGCAUGGGCACUCCUCAAGAGGUUGCUGAAGUCAUAGUUUUCCUUGCGUCUGAACGGUCGUCCUACAUCAACGGGGCUUCAAUCAAUGUUACGGGUGGUUUAUGAAUUCAAAGCAUUGUUUUAUACACAAGUUAGUCUUACCAAUAAUUGUUAUAUUUUACACAUAUAUUUUAUUUUAAUAUUAUUAUAUUGUUAUUG